GCUCGUCAUGUGGCUGCUGACGGCACAGGGACGAAACGGCUCAUGGCUCACGGCUCGCCAGGCUGAGGAAACGAAAGUGAGCUGAGGCGCCUGUUUCCUCUCAGCGCUCCCAUGCCCGGCAGCCCCGCCGCCCCCCGACCGCCCGGCCACGGGUCCCCAGCAGAUGGAGAUGGUGCCACUGCCCCCAUGGAGACAAGACCCCAGCCAGAUGCACCUGUGUGCUCACCUCCAUCCCACCCUCCAGUGGUGGAAGAUGACUUCCAGUUCCUCCUUUGCGAGGGCUGCCAGCAGGAAUCGCCCAACCUCAAGCUCCUCACCUGCCUCCACACCUUGUGCCUCGGUUGCCUGAGUGAGAACAAGCCCGUCGGGCAGUGCCCUGUGUGCUGCACGGCCAUCCCACAGGCCAACGGCAUCCCAGACAUGGACAACCUGCUCUUCACCAACCUGCAGGCCCGGCUGAGGGUCUACAAGCAGAUCACCAAUGACGGUGGUCCCACUUGCAGCCGGUGCCGGGGCGAAGCGGCGCUGGUGUGGUGCUGCGAGUGCGAGGAGUUCUUCUGUGCCAAGUGCUUUGAGGACCAUCAGUGGUGGCACAAGAAGAAGACUCACAAAGUCAGGAAGGUGGAGGAGCUUCGUGCUGAGUCAGCCCAUCAUUUCUUAGAAGACACCAGGAAGUCUUGCAGCCUUUUUUGCACCAGUUCCAGUCACCCCGACCAGAGCCGCGUCUGCAGCAUCUACUGCCAGAGAUGUGAGAAGGCGCUGUGCUGCUCGUGCGCGCUGCUGGACAACCAGCACGCACCGUUCUGCGACAUCCGCAGCGAGACCCAGCGCAGGCAGGAGGAGCUGAGCUCCAUGGAGCGGGAGCUGCGGCGGCGCCGGAGCGGCUUCGAGGCCACCUACGUGUCCCUGCAGGGCGAGGCUGCCCGGCUGGAGGAGGCGCAGCGGGAGAUGCGGGAGCUGAUCCGGCAGCGCGUGGAGCAGCUGGUGCGGCUGAUCCAGCAGGAGGAAGAGGAGCUGUUGGGGCUGGUGGAGGCGCGUCAGGAGCAGGGCCGGCGGGAGCUGGAGCGGGAGCUGCGGCACGUGGAGGGGGUGCUGCGGCGGAUGGAGGCGGGCGAGAGGCUGGUGGAGAAGAUGAACCUCUACGCCACAGAGCAGGAGGUGAUGGACAUGCAGCCCUUCAUCAAGGACUCGCUGCAGGAGCUCCAGCAGCUGCAGCUGCCAGUGGCCAUGGACCGAGGGCAGCCCGGGGACUUAUCCGAGUGCAGGGCCAGGCUGGAGGCGCUGGUGGAGCGCGUCACAGGGCACCCAGAUACUGAAUCACGACCUGUCCCUGUGGUCGAGGUGGCCCUGGAGAACAACCUGCGAGAGGAUCAAGUCCAGCACAAAAAGCAGAGCACCUCACCCACCAACCUUGACGAGGUGCAUAUGGACACGGCUCUCCCUGUCCCCUCAUGGCACAAGCGGAUGUUUCACCACAUGGAAAGGGGCAGCCAGAUCUCUCCCAAAAUGCUGAAGCUGGAGUGUGACGACACGUCGGGCCCCAGCAAUCCCAAGUCAAACCAGUGGGAUUUCCAGAGGGAGCCCGGCACCUCCGUGCCCGGAUGGAACUGCAGCAGCACCCUUGCCACCAGCAGCGGCACGGAUGAUGCAGAAAUCACCAGCAUCAUCAUCUGCAGCUCGGAUGACAGCGAGGAGGACACGGUGGCCUUCAGCGAGCCCAAGGACAUCAAGAAGCCUUCCAGCCCCACGUGGUCCAGAAGUGGCACCUCACCCCACAACAGCACUGGCCCCACCAGCCCCCUGGACGACAGGUUGGAGCCGGGCACUUUGGUGUUCCUCAGCCUGAAGGUUGAUCCGAGAACCCAGCACAUCAUGGAGAUGGCGGCGGUGAAUGGAGACCAGUCCUUCAAGGCACUGAUCCAGACCCCUGAGUCAGUGCUGGCACUGCUCCCCCAGAGCGUCCCCGUGGAGGUGGGGGUGCAGUACCUCAUCUGGUUCCUCUCCCUGCUCCCCAGACCCAUCCUCAUCCUCUAUAACUUCUGGGCACUGGAGCUGCGUGCUCUCUUUAAAGCCCUGGAUGCCACGAGCAGGAAAGGGGACUUCUGCCAUGUUGUGUGUGGCUACAUGGAUAUGUUGUCCUUGGUCAAGGACAAGGUGCCUGAGGCCCGUUCCUACAGGCUGAAAAGCCUACUGAAAAGGUACCUGCAGCAGCGACUCAGAGAAGGCGCCCUGCCCAAGGCCAAGGCCUUGCAGGAUCUCUGGGGAGCCCUGGCACUCCCUGUGAGCCUGGAUAUGGAGAUGAUGCUCACCCACCGCAACGCUCAGAGCUACACCCUCCUCUGGCCCUUCGUGCAGGAGAAGCUGCUCACCACCAGGGUGGCCAAGGCGCUGGCACAGCGCAACCUCGUCCUCCGGGAUCUGGAAGGGGAGUGAGCACGACCCUGGGGUGAGCUGAGCCGACCAGGUCUCAGGUUAACUGCACCAGGGCUGCAGGGAUGCAAGAAUGCUCACCAGGGAUGCAAGGAUGCUCACAAGGGACUCAGGGAUGCUCACCAGAGAUGCAAGGAUGCUCACAAGGGACU